GCGAGCAGAGAGGGGAAGGGGGAGGAGGAAUAACAUGGAGCCCCCCACGGUCCUGUCCCCGCUGAGUUGGGACCCGUCGGAGGACGUGGAAGAGUUGUGUGGGGACAUCAUCGGCGAAUGCUCCAAGCGAUCCUGCUCCUCGUCCCGAAGAUCCAGGAGCGGAGCCACGGAGACUGCGGACCCCUGUGGUGAUCCGGGCGGAAGUGCCCUGCGGCGUGUGGGAGGAGACUGGGUCGGAGGAGUCUCCCGUGUGGUGUCGUCCACAGGGCGGCGUUUCUCCCUCUGCUCCCUAGGUGGUUCCCUGGCUGCAGGAGCCGGCGGACGGCGGGGGAGGAAGAUCGGGGCCAUCCGCAAUGGAGGGACCGCUGCUCGAUCCACCUCCGGAGACCAGUCUGAGCGGGGGGCGUCGGUGCUGGUGGCCACCGAUGCACGGGUGACGGUCUGCACUGGAGGGCUCCCUGCCCGUACCACGCCAGGAGUCCUAUCUGCGCCGACAGGAUCUGUGGCGGUGGCCACCGAUACCAGGGCGGCGGGCCGGGGUGGCGAGGAGCGGACCGGGUGUGGCACCUCAGUGUUGACAGGGAGGUCGUCAAAAGCCCUGACAAUCCGAGUCUCGGCCUGCCGGAGAGUGUCUCCCAUCAGUCUGCGUCCCAGAUGCUUCCUGGUCCAUGUGGAGGCCAGCUGGAAAGCGGGUCUCCAGUCCUCACCAAUAAAUUUGGUUAAUUUGUCCAUUUCCUGGUUUAUUGGGGGGUACAUUCCUCCUAAAAGCGUCCUGACGCUGAUUGCGUGUCUGCUUGGGACGGGCAUGAUUGCGGGGACGCCUUUGUGGGACGUGGAGGAGUGCGGGGACGCCUUUGUGGAUAAUGUUCAGGCCUAUAAUGUGUUUGAGGACGGGGAGGAUUGCGGGGACGCCUUUGGGGAUACUGUUCAGGUUCCGCUGGGGGGCGCUGUGGUGCUCCUCCUGGUGUGCGCCCUCCCAAUGGCGGCGUGUCCGCGAGUAGGGGCGAGGCUGUCGUUCAAAGUGGGAACGCUGGUCUCCCCGCGCCACCUCAGCAUAUGUUCUCUGGGGCUGCUGGUGGAACCGUUGAGGAUAAUGAUCAUCGCGGUCGUCGUAAUGGUCAUCAUCCCUGGUGUCAGGUUCAGGAGGCACCGAAGGGGAGAGCGAGAGCCGGCCCCCCGGAUAUCUGGUGCCCAACUUUACGAUCCAGAGGAGCUCCGCCCUGUGACGUUGGGCGAGGCUCCAUCUGGGGUUCAUCUCGAGGACAGUCACCCGGACGGAAGACCAACCGUGUCGGACAAAGUGCUGGACCAGACUAUAAAGGGCCUCCACUUCUUCGCGUGUCAAAUUGGGGGUGACCGCAGGUGCGCAGCCCGAGCCGGACAAUGUGAGCCCAUCGGCCUGGACCAUCGCCUGGAACUCCGGAGGCAAAAGUCCAGGUGA